CACGGAGCGUCGCCGGUGCAUUCCAGAGCACCUACCAGACCCAGGAUAGCCUCUGAACAAGAGAGUACCAUACACAACAUGCUUCUCCCACGAGCAAGCAGUGCACCGUCAGGACCUCCGUAUGCAUCUCAAAUGGCAGUAUUAGGGGGUCGCCCCGACAUUACAACCGACAUUCCCAUCAGUGCCGUCUUUAUUGCGCUCUACCUCACCUGCGCUAUCACAAACAUCGCCGCCAUUUUCAUACCCAACAAGAAAGCCGGCCACAAAUUCCUGAUUUCGAUAGCCUUCACCGGCUUCUGCAUGGCGCGAGUCCUUACUAAUGCAUUGCGCAUCGCUUGGGCCACGGAGCUUGACAACGUUUCGCUGGGAAUCGCGGCAAUGAUCUUCACCAAUCUCGGAGUCAUUGCACUCUAUGUCAUCAACCUAAUCUUCGCGCAACGCAUCCUUCGGGCGCAACGACCAAGGCUCGGCUGGAAUCCAAUCUUGCGCGUGACCUUCAAAGCUCUGUACGCCAGUAUCGCCGUGUGUGUGGUACUGCUCCUCACCUUCACGGUCUUGUCCUUUUACACUCUCGACCAGAGUCUGCUCCUCGCAGCAAGAGAUAUUCAGCUCGCGGUUAGCACAUAUUUGCUCGUCAUCUGCGUGCUUCCAUACGUGAUGCUCGCGGCAGUGUUUCUGACACCUGCGACUUCGGAGGUUGAGGAAUUCGGCCACGGUAGCAUGGGUGUCAAGGUCAUGAAGCUGUUGGCAUUGACCACGCUGAUGGUGCUCGAGCAAGGAUACAAGGUCGGCACGGCCUGGGUGCUGACGCCGCAUUCCCGCAAUGAUCCACCAUGGUACGACGGGAAGGCGUACUUUUACGCUCUUGGAUUUAUGCUUGAGAUCAUGUACCUGAUCAUUGUCCUUGUCGGAAGAGCAGACCGAAGAUUCCACGUCCCCAAUGGAAGCAGUCAGCGGAAAACUUAUGUGGUGGAGCCGAGCAAGGAGCUGGAGUCGAGUCAUUCGGAUACUGAAGAUGAUGGUCGAGUAUGAUGAUGGAUUGAGGCGCAUUUUUGAGAGUUUGCAUGAUAGACGAUACCCCAAUUAUGACCAGCAUGCAGAAGUAUUAAAUUCCGAGUAACUUUUUCAAAUGGCAACCGGGCUC